AUGGAGCUGGGAUCUCGAUUGUGCUGUGGUGUUGGGUCAACCACCAUGCAUAGGUUGAGACAACCACCACACAGUCCAACCCAGUGCACCCCCAUGCAUUGGUUGCUACUGGCAGAUCAUGCCAAAAUCGAAAGUCUGAGACGCUCGCUGGUGGAUGAUGUUGCCGUUUGUGUGCCUGUGCUGCAGGUGGUGAAGGACUCUGACUUUGUGAGUUCCGUCCUUUCUUCCCUCCCUGGUGUGGAUCCUGAGGACCCAAUGGUCAAGAGUGCUGUUGAGAACCUCCAGGGCUCGCGAAAAGACGAGGAGCAAGGGGAGGAUGGCAAGGACAACGACUCAAAGGGCCAGAAGAGCACUAAGAAGGACAAGAAAGAUGAAGGUCACAGUAGCUGA